AGUUGUGCGACUUGAAUGACGACCUAUGCUCAUAUCCGGAGGCAGACAAAGAACUCAGCCCAUAGAGAGUACACACCAUCUCUUUUGACUGAUCUAAUAAUCCGGUCUUUUUCUUUUAACCUGCGGAGCAAAUCUAGAGUUAUUCUGAGCAUUAUGUCUUGGCCGAUCGCGAUCUUUUGAUAUAUGCAUCGCAGAUUCAAUCCAUCUCACGACCAAGCUUCGGGAUUUUAUAAAGUGUCAACUUCGCAGCUUUCCCAGAUCAACAUCCCAAGCAUCUUCAAGUCUUUCUCCCGUCCAUUCAUAGCUUGAUCUCAAUUCUACAAUCAAUCAUCAUAAGUUCCCAAUUAUCUCUCUCUCAAACAGAACAUCUCCCGAACACAUCAGUGAAUGGAACAAUGGCCAUUGAUUCGACACAACGGCUUCACUGGACGCAAAGAGUAGCUCUUGUGAGGCACAACCUUCAUGCUGCGAGAAGAACAGGCGAUUACACCUUCUUCAAGACACUCCAAGCACAUGCCCUCAUCGACGGAACAGAUCACGUCUCAAUCCUCCACACAGUUCUCGGCAACGACGCAGACCAUGUCCUCUCAACGCUUGACAAUCUCAACGCCGGAAUUGCUUAUGUCCAUCAAGAUGCGUUCAAGGCAGUCUACGAUGGAGCCAAAUCCACCAUGUACAAAGCAGACAACUCCCCAGCCAGCCGUAGAUCUCUCCUCCGCGUUGACAUUUGCCAGCAAAGAGACAUGGCCGAUCACGCAAUCGACAAGACCGCUAACUCAGCGGUCAAUCUCAUCGAAGCACAACCAGUACACUGCCAAGAUGCAGUAGCCAAUGCCUGGAUAACAGGAACUACUAUCAUCUCCGAUGCAGUCUGUGUUUGCCUCGCCCAGAUGGAAGAGAUCGAAGAGAACAUUGAUGAUUUCAUUCGGCUCGAGUAUGCGUGGAGCAGCAUUCAGAAUUCAGUAGAUGCAGCUAUCUCAGCUCUUCGCGGCAUCUUCAAUCUCAUGGCAACUUCGAAUCCUAGGAUUCCCGUCGCUCGUACCCUCAGUGUCUCGUCCUCGGGCGGUCAGUCUGAACCAGGCAGCCUCCGUAGCCGCGCAUCAUCUACGACUUCAGCAUUCAAUUUGAUCAAGAGAGCGUUCAGUCAUAGCCAAAUGCAGCCACCGCCGGCUUCACUUUCUUCAAGCAAGUCUAGCCGCCCCGGCUCUGUAUCUCUUCCAAUGCCGGACAGCACCGCCAGGGGCUUUCGAUUGAGCAUGAGUACGGCUUUCCCUACUCGGAUGCCUGAUCAUCAUCACACUCAAUUGACGCCAGUGCCACAUACUCCUAGCGUUCACGAUACGCCUGGAGGACUCAGCCCUUUCAACAAGGAGAGCAACGAGUACUUCUCCUUUGAUAUGGAGAAGGAGUCCGAAUCUGGAGCGAAGAAAUCCUCUGUCGAGGAAGAUCUGAUGCAGCUCGAGAACCUAGAUCCACUUUAUUCGCCUGCCCUGGAGCAGCCUAUCCCGCUAGCAAUGCGAAGGGCUUCGGCCACGCUCGCAUCUGCAAACCCGCCCAUCGCCGUCUGAUCUGGCAUCCAACCAGAACAUUGAAAACACGAAACGCAAGGCUUGAUUGGGGAUCUAUACAUCUUGUUUGUUUGAAGCUAUCCACGCGCCCUGGCUUUUCUUUUUCUCUUCAGAAUGCUUCUAUGUAAAUGUUUUGAGCUUCUACCAGCAGUAUUGGACUUUGUUAGGUCGGGUAAAUUAGACUUAGAAUCCGUCGCAAUGGCGUUUCCGCGAAUCCAACUACAUCAUGCAGUUAUCACAUUUUGCCUUCUGUGAGUGCCAU